GACGGGGAACGGAAGGGGAGAGGCCCCGCGUCAGUACCCGCAUUCUCACUCACCGCGCGUCCGCGAUUCGCUCGGAGCUUGAUGGUAGUCACCGAGUGAGUUAAUGUAGAUGUCCCGCGUAUCGACGGAGAGGACGAAUGAAUUCAUUUGCGCUCGCGUUCGACGUCCGAGCUGCUGCGAUGGGGGGUAAGCCGGGGCCGGUGUCGACCGCGCCGUCUUCAGCUCGCGCGCUCGGCGCCACCGUGCAUGUCGAGAAUGCGCAAAGCCCGCCGCCAUCCCCGCGCUCGUCCCGUCUCGCCUGUCUCGCGGUCCGCCGUCUCGCCGAUCCCGUCGACGCCGCGGCCACGCUCGUCUCGUCGGUCCACGACUCGCUGGCUCUCUCGCUCGUGUGCUCAUCUCGUCGGGCUUCGCUCGUGCUCCUCCUGCUAGAUCGUGCUCGUACUCGUCUCGUUGGAUCGGGCUCGUACUCGUCUCCCUGUAUCGGGCUCGUACUCGUCUCGUUGAGCCGUGCUCGUGCUCUCGUUGGUUUUGCUCGUGCUCUCGUCGGUUUUGCUCGUGCGCUCUCGUCACUCUUGCUCGUGCUCGCCUCGGGCCUCGCUCGCAGUGUUGCUGUGCUCUCAUACGCCUGGUAUCGCCAUCGAGCUGUCUCGUGUCGAGGGCAGCAUGCUGAUCCUUACGCAGGUGCGAGCGGGUGUGUUGGCGAGUCGGAGGGUGAGCCGAGGUGGAUGGUGAGCUUGGGGUGGGUUGAGGAGAAAGGAGGAAGGAGGAAGGCGAGACAAAGGAGGAAGAUGAGAUGAAGGAGUAUGGUAAGGCAAAGACGUAGCCAGCACGCUGUAGCAGAGUAUUGAUCGCUGAUCGCCGCUGUGGCGUGCGAAGCUUGGACGCAUCA